UUUUCUCUUUAUUUUCCUUUUUUAUUUCCCUUUUUCCUUUCUUCCGCUGCACGGAUAUUGUUUUGUGCCUUAUCUUAUUAUUCUACAAACAAACUUCACAUUCAUCUACCUGUCUCAAGACGCCGGUAGUGAAAAUUUCAAAUCCCCCGUUGACCGAUUUCGGGUUUCUAUCUCCUGCUACAGCUCCCAAGCAGCGGGAAAACCUCUGCUCUUUCCACUGCUUCAAUUGGAAUUGAAGAAGCUGUUUAGGGAUUUCUGGGAUUUGUUUCACCGUCUGCCUUCCCAAUGCCCGCCAUUGGCUGUGGUGGAGGAUUAGGAGGAGCAGUGAGCUCUAUCAGUCCUUCCUUCUCGGCUCUCUCAUCGGCCUUCCCUCCGACGAGAAUCUCUGCUUCACCUAAGCCUCCUUACGUCGUCCGCUGUGCGCUUCAAGGAAUGUUGGAAUCUUCUGCUGGAACUGUAGCAGAACCACAAGCUGUCUCGACUACUAAACCCCUUCUUCUAAAUGCGGUUAGAGGACAGGAUGUAGAGAGACCCCCAGUUUGGCUCAUGCGGCAAGCUGGGCGGUAUAUGAAGGCAGGUCUAUGCAGCAGCUUCAUUUCUAGUUACCAGAUGAUAUGUGAGAAGCAUCCUUCUAUCCGUGAAAGAUCAGAAAAUGUUGAUCUUGUAAUGGAAAUCUCACUGCACCCAUGGAAGGUUUUUAAACCUGAUGGGGUUAUUUUAUUUUCUGAUAUCUUGACUCCACUUUCUGGGAUGAACAUACCUUUUGAUAUUGUAAAAGGGAAGGGUCAUGUUAUCUUCAAUCCCUUGCGGACAUCUGCUGAUGUUGAUCUCGUGAGAGAGUUUGUUCCUGAUGAGUCAGUUCCAUAUGUUGGGGAAGCAUUGACAAUCUUGCGGAAAGAGGUAGAUAACCAAGCCGCAGUGCUGGGUUUUGUUGGUGCUCCUUUUACCCUUGCAUCUUACAUUGUUGAAGGCAGUUCAUCAAAACACUUCAGCAAAAUAAAACGCUUGGCCUUCUCCCAACCCAAGGUUCUCCAUGCAUUGCUUCAGAAAUUUGCUACUUCCAUGGCAAAGUACAUUCAAUAUCAAGCUGACAAGGGAGCUCAAGCUGUUCAGAUCUUCGACUCAUGGGCCACGGAACUUAGUCCAGUUGAUUUCGAGGAGUUUAGUCUCCCAUACUUGAAGCAGAUAGUUGACACUGUAAAACAAACCCACCCAUCCCUUCCUCUAAUCCUUUAUGCAAGUGGAUCUGGAGGCUUGCUCGAGAGGCUGGCUUUGACCGGAGUGGAUGUGGUCAGCUUGGAUUGAACAAUGGACAUGGCAGAAGGCAGGCGACGAUUGGGACAAGAUGUAGCAGUCCAAGGAAAUGUCGAUCCAGGUGUUCUUUUUGGCUCGAAAGAGUUCAUCACCAACCGGAUCAACGAUGUAGUGAGGAAGGCUGGUAAAGAGAAACAUAUACUGAACCUGGGUCAUGGGAUUGUAGUAGGGACACCAGAGGAGAACGUUGCUCAUUUCUUUGAGGUAGCCAAAGGACUCAGAUACUAGUAGGUGGAAGAUCUGGCACUUUUUAAUUUUUCAUAUUAGAACAUCGUCUCAAGUCUUAACUCGUUCCUCAAGGUAUGAUCAUCUUACUUCCAUACAGAUUGGGCGAGAGUAGUGUGCCUAGUUUCGGUUCUUUAAAUUUUCAGUCCAUUUCAUUAAAGUUUAUUUGGCGAGCUGUGCAUCUAAUCCUAACCAUUUAUCUUACUUCUAGA